AUGGCCGACGUCGAGAGCGCGGGCGUGGACGAUUCGUUUGCGCAAUCCGAACCCCAUGAUGAACAGCAAAUUCAUAACAUGACGGUCGGCACAAGGCGCCAACCGAACGGGACAAUCGGAUCGGUCUACUCUGGCAACAAAAUUAGGCACUUGAAGAAGGAGGACGGUAUUCCUUUGUGGCGCAAAGAUAUCCAGUAUCAGUUUCUCAAGCUUGUCUUCGAAGACAAGACGCCGGUCUUUACCCGUUGGCCCGAUGGGGAGAAGAACCUGGACUUUGCAGAUAUCUACAUCGACGCUAUGGCAAGAAGCAGCAAGACCAGCAAGAUUCUCAAGGACAAGCUCCAAAGCGAUAAGCAGGCCGCCAUCAGCAUGGCCAUGGUUUGUCUGCUGGUCAACUUUGGACGGAUGAAUACAACCCUCAAUUUCUUUCCCGAAAUGCGUGCUCAGCUGCGAACCUACCACUCAAUCCCUUCGUUACAGGCGCAUCAGGAUCCGAACGCGUACAAGCAGCUACAGGAUGCUCCCCGCCUCAAGUCUAUUCUGAAGGGUGCAUCGGAGGAUGUGGAUCAGCCUAAUACUCUGGAUAAGAUCAAACGCGAAAACAUUCCCCGUACCAACCCGGUGAACCUGAUCUUCGUCCUCGCGCAGUAUGCGCCCAAAGUGUCAGAGAUGCAUUUCUUUCCACCCCGGGAUUUCUUCGACCUUGUCAUGCGGUCGACAUUGAGCAGUCAAACUCGGGCAAAGGCCUUUCUGUGGCUCAUGUGGUGGUAUCUGGAGAGUGACUUCUCUCGCGAGGCUGCACUCAAUAACCCCUUCGGUCCUGGUUUGGAGGGUGAAGGAACCGGAGGCUUGCCGAUCAAAGUUCCGUCUUUCGAUAUCCUCACCGAAGAGCAGGCCAAUGAGGAAAAUGUUGACACUCAAUCCGAAAUCGAAUAUGGGGAGGAGAAGCGCUUGGAACGUAAAAGAAUUCUGGAGGAAGAGGAGCCGACUCCCAGAGCGCCCAAGCGUCCCAAGAAAAUGCCCUAUUGGGAUUACCAAUAUUACAAGCAAAUGGAGCCCGGCACCAAAAUUCUUUAUCGUCAAUUCGGCAACAAAGGAGAUGCGUACAGAGCGGCGGCAGAUUCCGACGACCUGAUUGAGUUCCGCAACCCUGAUGGGUCAAUUCGGUCUACAGUGAAAAUGCCUAGGGACGAAGACUACGCCUACGGCAGUCUCGAUGGCCCAUCACCGCGCAUUGUACUAAGGACAAAAGCGGAACGCACUCCCGACGCCGCGUCCCCGGCACCUCCAGGCUCAGGCCAUCCUGUCCUGAAUCGUUUCGUCACUGAAGCUUCCCCUCAUCACUCAGGUUCAAGCCGACGGCCUCGACCACUUACCCAACACCAAUUAGCUGUCGAGCGAAAUCGACGGCAACGAAUAGAGUACAUCUUGGCGAAGCGGAAGGCUGAUGCGUACCGCUUGCUCCGUGCUGAGAGGAUGAUUGAGACCUCCUUUGCCCGUUACGGACGCUUGUUGCACAAUCUACCUGAUGGCUAUGACACCGAUGAUGACAAAUCCUGGGGAAAGGGAGGCCUUCUGCCAAAUCCGGAGGAAGAAGAGGAUUUUGGCGAGUGUGCGAGUUUUUACUUAUCGGUCAUUCGCAAGGCGGCCAGACGACUGGACCGAUGGGACUAUGAGGAUGCCAACGGGCCGAGGAGAGACCGCAAGAAGGAGCGGGAAGAACGACAGAAGGCAAGAGAGGAAGCAAUGGAAAUUGACGAUGAUCUAGACGGCAAACUGUCGGCCAAGAGCAAAGCCCGGGCCCAGCGCAAUGCCAAACGCAAGCUUGCUCGAGCGGCCGCGGCGGCGUCCACCCCGAACGCCUCAACUUCCAAGCCAGCUGCAUCCCGUUCGAAAGGCAGUCGAAGCCGGAAUCAACGCGAUGGAAAGGGGGCCGCAGCAACUUCUCAUCUGUUGGACACACCGAGUCGGGAUGAUGCCCUCUCCCCGGCACCUGGUGAUUCGGAAGGAGAGGGGGCUCUUGAUGACAUUGAUCGGGAGCUUCUGGGCGAAGGCAGUGGCGAUGAGGAUGACGUGCCGUCCCGCAGGCUUCAAGUCUCGCGCGCCGCCGAACUAGGAUAUGACGACAGUUUCCUGGGUGGGGACGCUGACGAUGUUGACGCCUUGUCAUCUGAUGAAGAUGAUGAGGAGGCGGAAGACGAGGAGCUUGAUGACAUGGAUAUCGAAGGUGAGGCUGACGAUAAUCUGUCCGUACCCGGCGGAGAAGGCCGUUAUGCAGCAAGCGAUGUUUCGGUGGCCGACUACGCAAACGGCAAACCGGGAUGGGGAUGA